AUGAACCUGGUACAGAAUUUUAUAAUUUAUUGUGUCACUGUAUUUGGACACACUUUGGCAUUAUAUACAACAAACCCCAGUUCUUUUUUGUAUUUAUACUCCCAUGUUAUUUCAGUGAUCCGAUAAAAUCAAAGACAUUUACUUACUCUUCUAAUCAAAUUAAUCAUCUUUUCUUGAAAAAUGGCUGGUGUUGAUGUAGAAGUGAUUAUGCAUGGAGAAUUAGAGAAGAAGGUGGAUAGUAAUGGGGGAAAAGCUUGCUGCCAUGGCAAAGGCCCAGGUUAUGCUAGUCCUUUGGAAGCCAUGGCUGGGCCCAAAGAAUCUCUGCUUUAUGUUACUUGUGUAUAUACUGGAACUGGGAGAGAGAAGCCUGACUACCUAGCCACAGUUGAUGUGAAUCCUAACUCUCCUACUUAUUCAAAAGUUAUCCAUCGAUUGUUUGUUCCUCAUUUGGGGGAUGAGUUGCAUCAUUCAGGGUGGAAUUCCUGCAGCUCUUGCCAUGGAGACUCAUCCGCUGACAGACGUUUUCUCGUGCUUCCCUCUUUAAUAUCAGGAAGAGUUUACAUUGUAGAUACAAAGAAUCCAAAGGCUCCCUCACUGCACAAAGCUGUUGAGCCUGAAGAUAUCUUGGCGAAGACUGGAUUAGCUUACCCCCACACUUCUCAUUGCCUUGCCUCUGGUGACAUCCUAAUCUCAUGCCUUGGUGGCGGCGAUGGGAAAGCUGAUGGAAAUGGGUUUCUCCUACUUGACAAUGAAUUUAAUGUAAAAGGAAGGUGGGAAAAGCCAGGGCAUAGUCCAACCUUUGGCUAUGAUUUCUGGUACCAACCCCGGCAUAAGACAAUGAUAAGCUCAUCAUGGGGAGCCCCUUUGGCUUUUUCUAAAGGUUUUAACCCUCAGCACGUGUCUGAGGGCCUAUAUGGAAGACACCUAUUUGUAUAUAGCUGGCCUGACGGUGAAUUGAAACAGACAUUGGACCUCGGCAAUACUGGACUUCUACCCUUGGAGAUACGGUUCCUUCACGACCCUUCUAAAGAUACUGGUUUUGUUGGGAGUGCAUUAUCAAGUAAUAUGAUUCGAUUUUUCAAGAACCCAGAUGGAUCUUGGAGCCAUGAGGUUGCAGCAUCUGUUAAGUCAAUACAGGUGCAAAACUGGGUUCUACCUGAGAUGCCUGGGUUGAUAACUGACUUUUUAAUCUCCCUAGAUGACCGGUUUAUAUACUUCUCGAACUGGCUUCAUGGUGAUAUUCGACAGUAUAACAUUGAGGAUCCCAAAAACCCUGUUUUGACUGGCCAAGUGUGGGUUGGAGGUCUUAUUCGGAAAGGAAGUCCUGUUACAGCAGUUGCUGAAGAUGGUUCAACUUAUCAGGUUGAUGUUCCAGAAGUUCAGGGCAAGAGACUGAGAGGCGGGCCUCAGAUGAUACAGUUAAGUUUAGAUGGGAAGCGUCUUUAUGUGACCAAUUCCCUCUUUAGCACAUGGGACAAUCAAUUCUAUCCUGAACUAAAGGAACAAGGAUCUCACAUGUUGCAAAUAGACGUUGACACUGAGAAAGGCGGCCUUGCUAUAAAUCCCAACUUCUUCGUAGAUUUUGGCUUGGAACCUGAUGGUCCUUCCCUUGCCCAUGAAAUGAGAUACCCCGGUGGUGACUGCACUUCAGAUAUAUGGGUUUGAGCAGAUAAACUGCUCAGCAAAUAAGAGUUCAUGUUGAAUAAAUUUAGCUACUAUCUGAAUUAUGCUGCAGAUAGUUCUGUUGUAAUGUGGGAUUGACAUUAGAUUAGAUAUUAAUGUUAAAACUUAUUUUUAUUUGUUAAAGCUAUUGAAAUGCUGGUUUUAAAUGUUUCCAUUGUAAUAAUUUUAUGUACAUGUAUUAUGUUUUCCU